GGUUGAUGCACACCAGUGCACAAUGAAGAAUAAUAUUUUUUAAAGGUAGAAUAUUCCAGAAGGUUUUGUCAAUGUUAGCAACUGCCUUUGUAUAAUGAACUAUAUCUAUAUAAUAGGAUGCAGAUAACAGCUAGUCAUGUGGACGUUGUUCAGAAGACGAGGAAAUUGUGUUGUGAUAUGUCUCAUUACAUUCUUUAUGUUUGUGUCUUUCCUUUUGCAAACACAACAACAGUUCAAUGUUCAUCCAUUUGAUGGUAAUGUGUUAAACGUCAGUAGAAAAGCGACAGGACAUUCAAUUCCAAAACCUCUUCCGCAAACAAUCACAUUAUCAACUUCAUCACCGGUUGUUGAAACAGAAAAGCACGAGGUCAAGUUUAGAAGACCAAUAGCACGAAACAAAUCUCCUCAAUCACCAUCGCCAACUUCAAUCAUGUGUCUAGUCCUCACAACACAUAAUACUUUACUCUCCAAAGCUAAAGCUGUGAAUGAUACAUGGGGAAAACGUUGUAACAAGACUAUUUUCUUCACUAAUAGACCAAGUACACUACCGAAUGUUGUUUACCUAGAUUUAGCUAAAGAUGGUAGAAAACAUCUAACAGAUAAAGUUGUUCGGAUAUUUGAUUAUGUACAUACACAUUUUACAGAAUAUGAUUGGUUUUUAAAAGCUGAUGAUGACACAUAUGUUAUUUUGGAAAACUUAAGACAUCUCUUAUCAUACUUUAAAAGUAACGAACCAGUGUAUUUGGGUCAAAACUAUAAACUGUACACUAAACAAGGGUAUCAUAGUGGUGGUGCAGGAUAUGUCCUGAGUAAGGAAGCUUUAAAUAAACUCAUGUUUGGGAUUAAAUAUAAAGACUGUCCUAAAGAUGGCAAAGAUGAAGAUGUGGAUAUUGGAAAGUGUUUGGACAGCCAAGGUGUUCCUGUAUAUGAUACAACAGAUAAAUUUAAACGAGAAACAUUCCAUGGUGGAACUAUGGAGGACCAUAUGGUUGGACCAUUAUCCGAUUUACUAAAGAAUUAUCCUAGUACACCGUCCAAAACGGGUAAGGACUGCUGUAGUACCAGUACAAUAACCUUCCAUUAUGUCACACCGAAGAUGAUGUACAUUUUGGAUAUAUUUCUCUACCAUUUGACAGUUUUUGGACGCAAUUACAGCAGCAGUCAAAAUGCUUUUGCUUUAGACCAAUAACAUUAAAUGGUACAAAUGAAUUGAACUGUAGAUUUUCUGCUGGUGUUUUUUCUCUGGUCGAAUUGUUGUUCCUUUGACACAUUUUCCAUUUCCAUUCUCAAUGUUAUCAAAUGACGAAACAGGCGGAGUAAUUGUACGGAUUCGUGACAUCGAGUGAAAAAGCAAAAGGAACCAUGAGGAAACUCAAACGGAAAGAUCCAAAGCAAAAAGCAAAAAACUAUAAGCUCAAAAACAUCAACCGAAAGAAUAAUGACUACUCAUAUGCCUCAAUUGGUACGGUUUCUUUUCUUAUGUAGAAUAUAUAUAUUGGAUAAAAAGGUUUCUAAAAAUA